ACAAUGGAGAGUGCGCUGGCUGUGCCCCGGCUGCCCCCACACGACCCCAGGACGCCGGCGCUGUCGGUGGUGGACAUGCACACGGGCGGCGAGCCCCUGCGCAUUGUGCUGGCCGGGUGUCCGGAGGUGGUCGGGCCCACACUGCUGGCUAAACGGCGCUACAUGCGUCAACACCUUGAUCAUGUGCGGAGACGGCUUAUGUUCGAGCCCCGGGGCCACCGAGACAUGUACGGGGCGGUCCUGGUGCCGAGCGAGCUGCCGGACGCGCACCUGGGGGUCUUAUUCCUGCACAACGAAGGCUACAGCUCCAUGUGCGGCCACGCGGUGCUGGCGCUAGGCCGCUUCGCUCUCGACUUCGGGCUGGUGCCCGCGCCCCCAGCCGGCUCCCGCGAGGCCCGCGUCAACAUCCACUGCCCCUGCGGGCUGGUGGCCGCCUUCGUGGCGUGUGAGGGCGGCCGCAGCUGCGGCCCGGUGCGCUUCCACAGCGUCCCGGCCUUCGUGCUGGCUUCAGAUCUCAUAGUGGAUGUUCCUGGACAUGGAAAGGUGGUAGUGGACAUUGCAUAUGGCGGAGCAUUUUAUGCACUGGUUAGUGCAGAAAAGUUAGGAGGACUUGAUGUGUAUUCUGCAAAGAUGAGGGACCUUGUGGAUGCCGCGAGUGCUGUUACAGAAGCAGUGAAAGUCCAGUUUAAAAUUAACCAUCCUGAGAGUGAAGACCUUGCCUUUCUAUAUGGAACUAUAUUAACAGAUGGAAAAGAUGCUUAUAGUGAGGAACCAACCACCAAUAUCUGUGUGUUUGCAGAUGAACAGGUUGACAGAAGUCCAACUGGCUCAGGAGUGACAGCCCGAAUUGCUUUGCAGUAUCAUAAAGGCCUUCUGGAACUGAACCAGACCAGAACCUUUAAAAGCAGUGCCACUGGCUCUGUGUUCACAGGGAAGGCUGUGAGGGAAGCAAAGUGUGGUGAUUUAAAGGCUGUUAUAGUGGAAGUAUCAGGACAAGCCCAUUACACAGGGGCAGCAAGCCUGACAGUAGAAGAUGAUGACCCACUGAGGGAUGGGUUUCUUCUCAAGUGACCUCUUCCCUGAAUUUCAAGGGCUUUUCUUCUAAAGUAAUUACUAUCUAUAAAUAAUGCUUUCUCUUAAUUAUGUGCAAACCAGUAUUCACUUAUACAU